CUUAUUAAUCUCUUUUUUGGUCCGCUGCGCCCGCCUCUCAUGACUUUGGCCAACAAUCGCCAGACCUUCAUCUUCAUCACCUUUCUCUGCUCCUAACACCUCUCUCCCUCUCUCUUCUCUUUCACUCUCCAAUUCCUGAUAGCACCUUACUAAUCUUUAUAUUCUGUGCGUGCGCAGUCAUAUAUCGGUGGCGGCCAAUCAGAAGCACGUUCAUUUAUGCUGUAGCCAGCAGUCGUCAAAUCACUUGACCCUUGGACUGCCGUUUUGGGUUUCAGAUAUUCGCGGGCCUUUUUACGCGCAGUUCGGCGCGCCACACCCUUAUACUCGUCCAUGCUCUUGUUGAGCCUUUAAUCAACUUAUUCUCCAUCAUGUCCGGUCUCCAACUGGGCACAGCAACGGGCCCUGCCAAGCUUAAGGCAGUGACUGAACUGGUCAACAAGCUUGCAGAGGAUCUUGAUAAAGCCUCGCUUCUUCCUAAAGACCGAGAUGAGGCUCUGGAGGAACUCAAGAUCUACGGACGAGAUCCCCGGAAUGCAGAUCCUAUUUUUACCAAGGAGGGUAUCUCUAUGCUCUUACAGUAUGGUUUCCAAAGCUCGUCCAGUGAUACGUCUCGAGCUGCCUUGAGGGUUCUAGCCAAUUCCAUGUUACUAAAGCCCGAAACACGGCGGAUGCUUGUAGAUCAGGGAUUUGCUACGAAAGCCUGUGAUGGGCUUAAGACCGAUAACUGGGAUAAUGAGUUUCUUCAUUCCCGCAUCUUACUGCUUUCCACUUAUGGUACUAAAGAGCAUCUAAGUAAUCUUAUUACUGAGCACCAUCUGGCUGAGAAUAUCACGGAGAAUCUCGAUCGCCAUGCUCAGCUUGCUGCUACCAAGCCCCAGCAGCCACAACCUAUGGAAGACAUGGCGCUCUCCGAAAUUCUAAAACUUCUCUUCAACGUCACUCACUUUUGUAAAGAUGAAGCUUCUCACUUCGAUACCGCCGUUCCACACAUCGCUGCAUUAUUAUGGAAACAAGAUAUCCCAAGUUCCAAUCCCCUGGACUCGCCCUUUGGACCUCUAGUCAACGCUCUAAUCAAUCUUGAUAUAUCUACAGCCACAAACCAAGCUGCUAUAUACCCCAGCUCUGAACCAAACAAAGUUGCUGCCAGGCUAAUAUCUCUCCUCGAUAUCGCAAUGGCAACUUAUAACGAUAAUGAACUUGAAGUCACUGUCACUCCUCUAAUCAGCACGAUGCUCAAGAUUAGCGAGCAUGCUCCUAGCUCGGUGCGCGAGUAUAUCGGCAGCAAACUGCUGCCAACUGCAGAGGAUCGUAAAUCAGUCCUCGGCAGAGGUAAGACGCUCUCUGCAAGAUUGCUGAAGAAUUCUACCAAUCCAAUGACACCCGCGCUGCGAGAUGCAAUUGCCCACCUUCUAUUCGAGAUAUCGGAUAAAGACGCAUCAAAAUUUGUAGAGAAUGUCGGAUACGGAUUUGCUUCUGGCUUUUUGUUCAAGAACAACGUACCCAUUCCCGCAAGUGCGUCAACGACCUUCAACGCAGACGACUCCACGGGUGCCCAAAGGAUGGUGAAUCCCAUAACUGGACAGUUCAUAGACCAGGAAAAGGUUUCAGAACUGCCACCAAUGACUGAAGAUGAGAAGCUGCGCGAGGCAGAAAGGUUAUUUGUGCUCUUUGAACGACUUAAGAAGACUGGCGUCAUAGACGUUGAGAAUCCUGUUGUGCAAGCAAUGCGCGAAGGGAAAUUCCGUGAACUUGAUGACGACGAGGUUGAAGAGCUUGACUGAAUGCACCACCUACAAGACAGUAUAUAUAUAUACACCUGGACAUCCUCCGCAUAAGCAUAUUCUAAGGCAUAGCAUCUGAAGUUUCAGAACCAUUAGCCUUUGCGCGUGGCUGAGUUUUUUGUAUACUUAGAUGAACCGACGUCGACUUAACAUGAAUUUAGUAGAAUAGAAGUAAUCAACCACUGGUAACCUGCG